UACAGUAUACCAUUUCAAACUCCUCUGAAUGCAAUUCAGCAAUUCAUUCUGAUUUUGCAAGACCCAAAUAUUUCAGGGGGAGGAGGGGAGGGGAUCUGGUUAAGGAUCUGUUGACCACUCUCUUUCCAGAGAAUCCCGAAUAUAAAUCCAGAGACCUUCCUGGAUGUGCCAAUCACAGGCCUUCUCUUUCCCUUCUGUCCUUCUAGCCGCAAAGCUCUGGAUUUCUCCUCCAGAUGCCCUGGAAGGGAACUCCGUCAAUCUGACCUGUGCCGUUGACUCGGACGCUGUCGGGGACAUGCGCUACAUCUGGUUUAAGAACAACGAGUGGUAUGCAGAAGGCUUGGUCCGGACUCUGGUGUUACACCAGGCUACCAUAGAAGAUGCCGGGACCUACUACUGCACCGUCCAGACCCGAGAAAGGAUGCGCAAUUCCUCCUUAAGCACCCUGAAUGUCCUCUAUCCACCCAGGAAUGUGCUGGUCAAGUCCUUCUUGGAGAUCCAGAAAGGGCAGCUGGCGAUCAUCUUGUGCACCGCUGAGAGCAACCCUCCUUCCGUGCUGUCCCUUCGCCGUGCUGACCAAGUCUUGGCGUCCAGCUCCUCCAAAGUCCGUGGGGUGCCAGGCCAGAAGCUGAGGGCUGCUUCCUCCCCAAAUUCCUUGAGGCUGGAGAUCCGAGACGUCAACCUGAAGGACGAAGGGAGCUACGAGUGUUGGGCGAGGAACUCUCUUGGCCAAGCCCAGGCGUCUUUCAACCUCUCCGUGGAGACUCUAAGGCUGGUGAUUGAGCCCGCCCCAGAUGUGCACGAAGGACAGCGUGUCUCUCUGAUCUGUGAAGAUGCCAACUUCCAAGCGUCAGCCCUCUACACCUGGUACAAGGAUGCCAGGUGGUUGGGAGAAGGUCCGGCCACCUCCUUCCUGCUCCGAGCUGUUACUCCCCGGGACAUGGGAUCCUACUCUUGUCAGGCUCAAGACGAAAGGGGCACCAGGAUGUCUCCACCCGUCGCUCUCUAUGUGCACUACGAGCCCAAGAAGGUCACCCUCACCUCAUUCCUGGAAAGCCCCUCGGGCCACCAGGCCGUCCUGCAGUGCGCCGUGGAGAGCUAUCCGCCCGCUGAGCUGACGCUCCACCGAGGAAACGUGAUGGUGGCGGCUUCCAGCAGGCUCUCAGGGAACUUGCCCGCUCAACGGUACGUCGUUCACGCCUCUCACAACGUCCUGAAAGUGGAGAUCCAGAAGGUCCUUCAGGAGGACGAAGGACAAUACCGCUGCCUAGCUAAGAACGCCUACGGGACCUCUGCCGCCUCGAUACACUUCAGGGUGCCGAGUGCAAGAAUCACCAUCGACCCAUCGCCAGAUGUCCACGAAGGCGCUCCGGCCAACCUGACCUGUGAGAUUGCCAGCCGGGUGGUGGAGCCCAUGAACUACACCUGGUACAAGAACAGCCGGUGGCUUUGGGAUAGUCCCGAUGGCUCCCUCCUCUUGAGCCGAGUGACCAGGGAUGACACCGGGGCCUACCACUGCCAGGCAACCGGAAGGACGGGAAGUCUGACCUCAGCCUUUGUCCAGCUGAAGGUGCAGUAUGCACCUGAACGCCCCUCCUUGAACGCUUACCUGGACAUUCAGAACGGGAAGUUGGCUAUCAUCACCUGCCAAGUGGAGAGCCACCCACCUUCCACGCUGGCCCUGUACAAAGGAGGGCAACUCCUGGCUGCCACCAAAAGCUUCUCACUAGUUCGUCAGCGUUUCCACACCUUCUACUCGGAUAACCGUUUGAGACUGGAGAUUCAGGACAUCACAGAAAAAGAUUCAGGGGAUUUUGUGUGUAAAGCUAACAACACCUUCGGCAACGCAACCAGCAGCAUCGCCUUCAAUGCCGGACUGCUCACUAAACUGACCAUCUUCAAGAUCUUGGCUUGGAACAGCCGUUGCCUUGGUCUGCAUAGCUGCUCUGGCCGGCCUGGUCUUUGGCAUGAAAACGAACGGAUCCCGGAUAUAUCAAAAGUGGAUCACGUGGACGAAAAAGAAGAGCCGCCAGGAAGAAGUGCAGCAGGAUGGAAACCGAGAAGAAGCCAUUCAGUUGAAUGGAGAGAGCCCAGAUACUCCUCCCGCCGGACGGUUCUGCUUCUCCUACAGAAGGCUACCCUGGAGGGCUGGCGCGGUCCCGAAAGAGGCUGCGUCUGAAUCCAGCUGCACGAGCACCUUGUGAGCGUACCGAGAAGACCUGCAGAUGGGUGCACAAGGAGGCCCAACCUGGGCUGAUCAGGCUGGACAAGGAGGGGAGAGGGAAGCUCUCCUUGUCUGAAGACCUUUCAAACCUUGAGUUCAGCAUUGUCCAGGGACUCUCUUGGCCUCCCUCUCCAGCACAACAGUGUUGGCCAAACACGACAGUUUUCACCCAUGUAAAAAUGCCCACAUCCAAAUUCAACCGUUGGGUCCAGCCUUGAAGCACCACGCUAGAAAACUGGAGGCUGUGAGUUGUAGCAUCGUCUUGGAAACCGGCUGGGUGACUUUGGGCCAAUCACCAGGAGACUAGUGUGAGUUCUAGUUCUGCCCUUAGGCACGAAAGCCGGCUGGGUGACUGAGCCAGUCCCCCUUCUCUCUCUUUUUCUCUUUUGGUCCAACCUACCUCACAGGGGGGUUGUUGUGGGGGGGGGGGCAAAUAGGAGGAGGAAGACGUGUUGGUAAUGUUCAGUGCCUUCUUUGGAAAAAUAAUAAAGGUGGGAUACCAACAAAUAAAAACAGAGAUGAUUCA